AAACAAAUAGAUCUUAUGCUAGAGGAAUGCAAGAAUGAUAUAAUAUCUGCACUUACUACUGAUUUACGUAGAUGUAAAUUUGAGACUAUUGCUUUGGAACUACUUAUUUCAAUAGGAGAAGUCAAGACAUUGCUUAUGAACAUUAAAGAAUGGUCAGCUGCAGAAAAGCCUCCAAAGUCAAUGAUUAACUUGUUGGACGGAGUUGAAAUUCGAAAGGAUCCAUAUGGUGUAGUUCUUGUUAUGGGAGCAUGGAAUUAUCCCUUUCAAUUAUGCAUAAUUCCUUUGAUGGGUGCCAUAGCUGCUGGAAAUUGUGUAGUUCUUAAACCAUCAGAACUGUCUGUAGCUACAUCACAAUUAUUUGCAAGAAUUAUUCCAAAAUAUUUAGAUGCAGAUUGUGUUCAAGUUGUGCUUGGAGGUGUUAGCGAAACAACGGAAUUACUCAAACAAAGAUUUGAUUAUAUAUUUUAUACUGGUUCCACUACAGUUGGAAAAAUAAUACGAGAUGCAUCAAAUAAAUUCCUAACACCUGUUACAUUAGAACUUGGCGGCAAAAGCCCUGUGUAUAUAGACAAUACUGUGGAUAUACAUAUAACUACGAAAAGAGUACUUUGGGGUAAAUUCAUUAAUGUGGGUCAAACCUGUAUUGCACCAGACUAUGUACUUUGUUCGCCAGAAGUACAAAACAAAUUUAUAAAUGAAGCACAGAAAAUUCUAAAAGAAUGGUAUGGUGAUAAUCCUAAAGAAAGUCCAGAUUUGGCACGUAUAAUCAAUGAAAAUCAUUAUCAUCGACUUGUAAAAUACUUAAGUGGAAAUGGUAGAAUAGCGAUUGGAGGAAACUGUGAUCCUACUGAAAAAUACAUUUCCCCAACUAUACUUGUGGAUGUUAAACCUACGGAUCCUGUCAUGCAAGAUGAAAUAUUUGGACCAAUAUUACCUUUUAUAAACGUAAAUAAUGCAUACGAAGCUAUUAAAUUUAUAAAUAGCCGGGAGAAGCCAUUAUCACUGUAUAUAUUUAGCAAUGAUAAGAAAACUGUAUCACUCUUGCUUGAUAAUACAAGUAGUGGUAAUUCUUGUGUUAAUGAUACAAUGAUGCAUAUCGCAGUUGACACUAUACCGUUUGGUGGAGUUGGUUACUCUGGUAUGGGAUGUUAUCAUGGAAAGUAUUCGUAUGAUACAUUUGUCCACAAAAAGGGUUGUCUCAUUAAGGAUUUCAACAAGUUGGCAGAAUCCUUGGCAUCAUGUCGGUAUCCACCAUAUACCGACAAGAAACUGUCCUUCUUAACAUCUAUGGUGGCAAAACGACCCAGUAUACCCGGAAUUAAAUAUAUUCCACAUCUUUUAGCAUUUGGUUUGGGAAUGCUGGUCACUUUUGGAAUUACAACUGCUCUAAAGGUACAUAAAGAAGGCAAUUUUAAUUCUUAUUACAAUGCUUCUUUACGAUACUUUAUAAAGCAUUAAUACUAUAUUCGCGCAAAGGUACUAUCUUUGAUAGCUUACCUAUAAAAAAUAUUGUAUACCAAUUUUCAGCCUUCUAUAUCAACCAGAAGGGUAGUUAUAGGGUAAAUUUGAAUUAUCAGUUUUUGUUUCAUUUUUCCUACUUAAUGAUACAUAAAAAUCGUGAAAAAAAUUGGGAGACGGUUAACGAAGUUGGUGAACAAAUAUUACGUGCAUUUCAUAAUAUUGAUAUUGUAUUAUUUUUCAUUUUCGGUAACUGGAACUGUAUAGAGUAUACUGUAUUUACAUGUAUAUACAAUGUAUUUUUAUAAUAUCACUUAAAAUCAUACUCUAGUCGUUGUUUAUUUUUCUAAAAAAUUUAAAAGGCACGGAUCUCGAUUAUAAUGUGGCUUUGAAUGAUGGUAGUAUAUAGACUCCUAAUGAUACAUGUAAUAUAUGCAAGGUGUAACAAAAUUGUUGCGCAUAAAUAACAGAGCGUGUACAACUCAUUAAACUGGGUAAAAAAACCACAAUGAACACGAGUUUAAAAUUCAAUGGUUUCCGAGAUACAAAUAGGUUUAGUUUGAAAAGAAAUGUAUGAGGACCUGAAACUAUUGCGUUUUAGACCCAUGUUCAUUGUGGUUGUUUUACUCGGUUUGGUGGGUUGUACACGCCCUGUCAUUUGUGUGCAAUAAUUUUGUUACACCUUGUAUAUUUUACAUGUAUCAUUAGGAAUCUGUAUAUAUUACCAUCAUGCAAAAUCACAUUAACUCCAACCAAUUGAGGUCCUUUCCUUAUGAAUGUAUCAUUAAGAAAAUUAGAACUACAAGUAUGUAUCAUAUUUACACACUUAAAUAAAGCCAAUGAAACUUGCAUAUACGAACACCAAUUAUUUUAAUUUUCCUUACCAGUCAUGUUUAAGGUAAUUGCCUUACUUAUAAAAUGAAAAAAUUAAAAGAUUAAUAUAUCUUUGUAAUUUAUACAUUUAUAGAUAGCACACUACACUUCUGUACAUAUCUAUACAUAGAUUCAUGUACAACUCUAUUAAAUGAGGCUAUGGAGAUACCAAA